UGUUUUCUUUAUAUUGCUCUGAUCCGUCAAGAGCUUUGCUCUCUCCGUAUCUCGCAUUUUCCCGAGAAAAUUUGGUUCUCAAACUGCAGCAGACCAGAUUUUCUCGGCGUGGCGGUUUUCUCUUCUAGUUCUUUUUUCUCUUUCUCGUAUAUUGAUGGAUGUUGGAUAUCGGCAUUCUGUAAUGAGGAAUUGCAGAAAAACACAGAGCCGAUCGGCGUUUUCUCCUGUUUGAUUUUGUUUUUGUUCAGUCCUUUUGGAGACGUGAAUUUGUCGAUAGAUCAGUUUAGUCGUUAAAAAUGAGUUGGAACCCACACAUGGAGGUUCAUUACGUUAAUACUAGUUAUCCUUACAGCUCAGCGGGUAGCUUUAUGGAAUAUUUUGAAGGCCUUACGUAUGAGCAUGUGAAUUUCAUUUUUUCUGGUGCUUCACAUGCUCAGGAUAGUGUGUAUCCUUCCCCAAGUACUAGUUUUUACAAGUUUGGGUUAUCUGAACCCGGGAGCGGUUUGUAUUAUGAUGUCCCACACACUUAUGGGGUGCAUGAUUUCGAGCUGCGAAAUGAUGAGUACAGAAGGCCCUCAGAGAACUCUUCAACAAUGACCAAUGACCAGUCUGCGGCAGCAAAUUCAGAGUGGGAAGGAAAUGCAAAUAUUAAUACACGUGGCAAUCCUGUAGAAUGUCCAAGGAGACAUCACAGUUCUCAUGAUUAUCAGGUCAUUUGGCAAGAUAAUAUUGAUCCUGAUAAUAUGACUUACGAGGAAUUACUCGAGUUGGGUGAGGCAGUUGGAACUCAAAGUCGAGGUCUUUCGCAAGAGAUGAUUGCUUUGCUUCCAGUCUCAAAAUACAAGUGUAGCUUCUUCUCGAGAAAGAAGUCACGAAAUGAGAGAUGUGUGAUUUGCCAGAUGGAAUAUAAACGAGGUGACCGCCGAAUCACUUUACCAUGCAAGCACGUCUACCAUGCUGGUUGUGGCACCAGAUGGCUUAGCAUCAACAAGGCCUGCCCCAUAUGCUACAAAGAGGUGUUUGGUGCGGCGUCAAAACAAUAGGAAACACUGACUGAUAAGCACGAAGGAAGAGAACAUUUGUUUUUCUCUGUUCCUCGAGUUUGGGGUAUCUUUCUUCCAUAUACGAAUGAUGUUUGUUUCAGGUUUCCACUUUUUUCUUUUCCCCCAACUAGUCUUCCACUUUCUUUAGAAUCAUUUGAUUAGCUUUUGUAAUAAAUCAAAUAUUAUGAACUUGAUACGAAAAGGCUGUACCAGAAGUCUAGGAACUAUGCUUUCAGUUUGCAUGCUUCAUCUUAUCCCGUCCGUCUUCCCUCCCUCCCCCGAUUUUCAUUUUAGUAUUUCAUUUUUGAUGUACAGCUAUAACUGUUAAAAUGGUUGUCAAAAAAAUUGGGUUUUCUUUUCUUUUUCGUUUUCCCCUUGACGAGUUCUGGAACAAUUGUUAUACGUGGAUUGUAGAUUGCUAUAGAUAUUGUACUGAUGGAUAA